AUGGACUCUGACUGGUGCAUGUUCUGCGAAAAGCACGUUAUGGAUCUCGGCGCCGCCUACUGCUCCAAGGACUGUGCCCGCAUGGACAAACUCAUGUCCAUGGCCAACAAGCCCUCCGCUACAUCCAGCUCCCCCUCGGUCUCGACCUCGGCCUCGCCCCUGGCCCCCGUCUCGUCGAUCAAGCGCUAUGCUCACUCUCCCAUGACCGUUACCUAUCCCUCUAUGUACCGGUCGUCGAGCCUGAUCCCUGCCUCCAUGUCCUCCCGUGGUGGUAUCAGCAAGAACUCCUGCGCGCCCAUCCCCGCAGCAACCACAAGCAUCCGUUGCCUGCCCGUCAGCCGCAGUGCCGUUCGUCGUCAGCCCUUGGUCCUUCACGACUAA